UCAGGAGGAAUAAGUGAUGGCAUUAUCUGCUCAACACCAGGGAUUCGGAAGGGAAAGGACCUCCUCAAAGUUCCCUAUGAGCUGUUUGGGGCAUGCCCUGUGAUUACAGCUCACGUUCAUCUGGCUAGCAUUCACCACCAUAGCAUUGAGCACAGAAGUUCUCUGAAGCAUGCUCAUCACAACGAACACGGGGAAAACAGCCGUUCAAACUGUGAACCCAAACCAAAGCCAAGGCCUGUUAGUUUGCGUCAUGCAAUUGCCACUGUAGUAAUCACUGGAGUUGUCUGUGGAAUCGUGUGUCUAAUGAUGUUGGCAGCUGCUGUCUAUGGUUGUGCCUAUGCUGCAAUUACUGCUAAAUACCACAGAGAACGUUUGGCCCCGGUCAGACAGCACGGGACUCCUGAGGAAAAAGAGCCAUUUGAUAGCUCCUUGGCUUGA